UGUCUACUUGCUUGUUUUACAGAACACAUUUCGCUCGGAUUAAAUAUGAAAUUGUUGGGCGUUGUCUGCCUACUAGCCCUGGUGCUUUUCGCAUCGGCCGAAGAUGAAAAGAAACCAGUGGCGGAGGCCAAAGUAGAUGACAACAAGGCGGCCGAAACUCAGGCGCUCGAUGACAAGAAACAGGACAAGCGUGGACUGCACGGCUGGACCGGUAGCUUCGGUGGAUACGAGGAACACCAUGAAGUACCCCACUUUGAAACCCACGAGGAAAAGACGCUGACCGUCGUCAAGAAGGUCCCCGUCCCAUACCCAGUGGAGAAGCACAUCCCUGUGCCGGUGGAGAAACAUGUCCCCGUCCCGGUGAAGGUUGGAGUGCCGAAGCCUUACCCAGUCUACAAGACUGUCCACUACCCAGUCAAGGAGAUCGUGAAGGUGCCCGUGCACGUUCCAGCUCCGUACCCGGUGGAGAAGAAGGUCCCGUACCCAGUCCAUGUUCCGUACGAUCGUCCCGUCCCGGUGAAGGUGUACGUGCCAGCUCCCUACCCAGUCGAGAAGAAGGUCCCAGUCCCGGUGAAGGUCCAUGUCCCGGCUCCGUACCCAGUCGAGAAGAAGAUCCCAGUCCCGGUGAAGGUCCCAGUGCACGUUGAGAAGCCAUACCCGGUUGAGAAGAUCGUCCACUACCCGGUCCAUGUGCCAGUCGAUCGCCCAGUCCCGGUUCAUGUUGAGAAGCCAGUGCCAGUCCCGGUGGAGAAGCCAGUGCCGUAUGAGGUCAUCAAGAAGGUCCCGUACCCAGUGCAUGUCCCGUACGAUCGUCCCGUCCCGGUGCACGUUGACAAGCCGGUGCCAGUCCCGGUGAAGGUCCCAGUCCCACAGCCCUACCCGGUCGAGAAGCACAUCCCGGUCCCGGUCGAGAAGCACGUCCCAUACCCCGUGAAGGUCCCGGUCGACCGUCCAGUGCCGGUCGAGAUUGAGAAGCACGUCCCUUAUGAGGUUGAGAAGCCAGUGCCGUACCCGGUCAAGGUCCCGGUUCACGUGCCGGUGCACCAUCACGAGGAGGAACACCACCACCACGAGGAGAUCCACUCCGAGGGUCUGAGCGAACAUCACGACUUCGGUUCUCAUCACUAAGCCCAAGAAGAGCUCCCAUCAUUUCAUUAUUUAUAUCGCAAAACUUGUGAUCUUAGUUGCUAGCAUACAUCCAACAGCGCGCUCCACAUUCCAACAACAUCCCGUUCAUCACCGUAAGAUCGAUACCAGCCACUGACAACUGGCUCAAACGAUUCAUCCCGUCCCGUUCAACAAAAAACCGUAAGCCAACAACGCUCUGUAAAGUAAUGUCGAAAAACUGAUCAACUCUCGAACACAUCUACGAACAUCACCGGAUGAACGAAAACUGGCUGCGGUGCAGUGUGGCGAAACAAGCACCGGGAGCGUUUCAGCGCAAUCGGGGUCAUCCUGUCACCUCGAUUUGGCGGGAAACGAACGUCACACCCGGUUCGCUACCGAAAGCGUCCGGUUGACCUGCCCAUACCCACAAACGCCGCAGCCUUCCCCACCCCAGCGUAUCGGAGCGUUCUAUCCUACCAAAAAAAAAAACAAAACAGCGAGAGAAAUGCCUUUAGUCUGGCCUCAAAAGCGCUGGCGACCCCAUCACCGGAAAACGCGAUCGCCCAAGUAAGUGAUUAUGUCCCACAAAAAACCAAUGUUCCUACAUCUGCUCGGUUGGGCUUCAUCGCAAACCCCCUACUAGUAGUCGGGCUCGGGGGCUCAAGAUUUCCGGAGGUGGGCUCCCACCUUGGGACAGAGAAAGCCAUCUCACACUUUUUACUCGCUCAAAAUGGGGGAAAACAAAACUCCAUUUUACUCAAGAUGAAUGUUUGCGGAAGCGGAAAACAAGCAGCAAUAAUACCAAGCAACUCUCAUGCCUAGAUGCACUCCCAUCUCCAUCUCGUUCACCCGCAUGCGUUCUCGACCGACAACCGUCGUCGAGCAACAUUGUUUUCUUGUUAUAUAGAUUUUUAAAAAAAUGGCGAACAAAACCUACGAAACCGACCGUACCGCGCGCAGUCAGCAACAAAAAACCAAAAGAACAGCAGAAGGCGCCGGCAAACGAAAAAUCAAAAUGCAAACGUGUCCUAGUGCGCUGGAUGGGAAAACGGCCGUGCGAUUAGUCGAUAAAGGAAGACACGUGUUGGAAAGUUGAUGGCGCCCGGUGCGCCAACAGUUGCCCGUCUGUCCCGGCUGUCGCUGUUGCCUGGUCCGUUUUUCCCGGGGUCGGCAGAAGAAGUGCUGUAAAUAUCGAAGUGCCGAACAUUUCAAGAUUUUUUGUUUUAUUCUCUCGCGCCCCGUUAAAAACCAAAACUGCCGCUUAAAGCUACAGACAGAAACGCUGUCAAAGUUAUGGAAAAACGCAUCCCAAAAAAAAAGGAACACCCCGUAAGAGGCCAGCUCAACAUAUGUAACUGAACAUGGUUUUUCUUAGCUUUGCGCUCGUUCUCAUAUGCAUUGAUUGUUGUUUAUUAUUUUUUUGUUUUUUAAAAAUGUUUUUCUUUGCUCUGUUUACGAAGUAAAAAAGAAAGGAAAAAAUGUAAUAAAAAAAUGUGAUUG